AAAAGAGUGGGAACUUGACGUAAACUUCAAAGGUAAAUAUAUAAAAUUCUAAUACGAACAUUCUUUGCACCAAGAAAAAUAACAUCAAUAAGAAUUCAUCAAUCAACAAUCAUAAUUCCAUAAAUAAUUUAUUUUUAAUAUUAAUUUGCUCCAUUUAAUAUAAUUUCUUUUUCAGGUUGGCUUUCAGAAGUACCCGGUGAUUCUCAAGCAGCCCACUGUAAAUUAUGUAAAAGUAAUCUUAAAGCUCAUAAAAAAAAUUUAAAUGAUCAUCUGAAUUCUACAAAACACAAGGAAGCAAUAAAACGAGAUAAAACUAUAGUACUUAACCAAAAAAUAAAUACUUUUAUUAAACCUACAAUUUUAGAAGAACGCAAAAUCGUAGAAUUACGAAUUGCUGCAUUUAUUGCAAAAAAUUGUUCAAUCCGUGCCGUUGAUGAAUUGAGUGUAUUAAUCAAAAGCUUGGAUAAAUCGAGUAAAAUUUUGAAUGACAUCAAAUUGCAUCGCACAAAAUGUACAUCACUCGUACUCAACGUCAUCGCACCUUGUAUGCUUCAAGAAUUAAUUGAUGAUAUUGGUGAUUCAUAUUAUUCUGCAAUAAUAGAUGAGUCAACAGCCAUUGAUAAAAAAAAAUUAUGUGUAUCAUGAUCCGCUACUUCAGCAAAAGUAAACAAAAAGUUAUUACUUCUUUCUAUAAAUUAGUGUUAGUUGAAUCUGGCGAAGCUGCAGCUUUAUAUGAUGCAUUUACUAAUAAUAUUAAAGAUAGUGGAUUGAAUUUAAAUAACCUUAUUGGCAUUGGCGUUGACGGAGCUAAUGCUAUGGUUGGAGCACAUAAUUCUCUCGCUUCUCGUUUAACUGCUCUCAUUCCCCAUUUAGUCGUUGUAAAGUGUGUUUGCCACUCUUUACAUCUUGCAGCUGAAGAAGCCUUUAAAUGUCUACCCAAGCAUAUAGAUUUUUUAAUUAAAGAGUGUUACAAUUGGUUUUCGAUGAGCAGUAAGAGACAAAUUGAAUAUCAAAAGUUGUAUCAGUCAAUGACUGAAAAUACAAAAGAACCGACUAAAAUUGCUAGACUCUCAGGAACAAGGUGGUUAGCUCGUAUAUCUGCUAUUUCUACAAUUUUGGAUCAAUGGGAACCACUUAAGCAACAUUUCCAAAUAGCUAAAGAAAAAGAAAGAUGUUACACGGCCGAGCAGUUACACAGUAUGUUUGAAGAUGAUAAAAAUUUAAUUUAUUUAACAUUUUUGAAAACAUAUUUAAAAAAAGUUACCAGCUUAAAUGAAUUGUUUCAAAAAGACCAAGUUGAAUGUUUAAAACUGUUUGAAGAUUUAAAUGAUCUAUUGUACGACAUUUUGCAAGUAAUUGUGGUUCCACAACAACUUGCAAAAAUGAACAGAAAAGACCUUUCAGGUUAUAACUUUCAAGCUUACAUUAUGUCUGUUAAUCAUAUGAAUUUUGGAUAUGCAGUAACGAAAGCAUGUGAUGAUGCUUAUAUUAAAGCUACAAAAGAUUUAACAGAUAGGCAGCAGAAAAAUUUAGUUUCGCAAAAAUUUACUAAUGACAUAUAUGGAAUAAAAGAAAGAUUCAAACUUUUUUUAGUAACUUUGGGCUGCGAACUACAAAAAAGGGUGCCUAAAAAUAUCGAUAUCUUAAAAACUAUGAGUUUAUUCUCAAUACAAGAUAUGAACUUGACUUUUCCGAAAGAUAUCUCAGGAAUUGCAUCAACUUUUGAAAAUAUUUCUGGAGGUACUGUUGAUGACAUUGUAAGUGAAUGGAACCUUGUUCAUAAGAUUCAAAUAGAAGCAACAACUACCGAUGAAUUUUGGUCUCGAGUUAGCCAGAUGACAACAGCAAGCGGAGAAAAAAGAUUCGGUCAUAUUUCUAAACUUGCUACCUCAUUAUUAAGUUUGCCAUUUUCAAAUGGAAGUGUAGAGAGAUCAUUUUCUAUUAUGAAUAUUGUUAAGAAUAAACUUCGCAAUCAAAUGUCGGUAAAGACUGCUGAAGCCAUUCUGCGAGUGAAAGACAAUUUGCCAAAUUCUGCAUUAUUUACACCAACGAAAGAAAUGUUAAAAAAAUUUUGCAGUUCAGAAAUGUACAAUAGCGAAGUCGAUGAGUCUGUGAUAAAUACAUUAUCGGAGCUUUAA